UUGUUCUCCUCCUUGCUUAGGCUAAUAAUCUUCCAAAAGCCAUUGCAGCAGCUCACACAUUUCUGCUGAAGCACCCAAAUGAUGAGAUGAUGCAGAGGAAUAUGGCUUAUUACAAGAGCAUGCCUGAUGCCGAGGAGCAUAUAAAAGACUUGGAGACAAAGUCAUAUGAGACUCUUUUUAUCAGGGCUGUGAGGGCGUACAAUGGAGAUAAUUGGAGAACCUCCAUCUCCGAUAUGGAGCUGGCACUUCCUGAUUUCUUCAAAUCCUAUGAUGACUGCCUUGCAGCUUGUGAAGGAUCCAGGGAGAUCAAAGAUUUUAAAGAUUUUUAUCUUUCCAUAGCAGAUCACUACAUAGAAGUUCUUGAAUGCAAGCUGCAGUGUGAAAGUAACCUGACACCGGUUAUAGGAGGCUUUGUUGUGGAGAAAUUUGUGGCAACCAUGUACCAUUAUUUACAAUUUGCCUAUUAUAAAUUGAAUGACAUGAAGAAUGCAGCCCCUUGUGUUGCUAGCUAUAUGCUCUUCGACCAGAAAGAUGAAGUAAUGAAACAGAACAUGGUCUAUUAUCAAUACCACAAAGACAAAUGGGGACUCACAGAGGAAGAUUUUCAGCCCAGACCAGAAGCAGUUCGCUACUACAACAUAACCACACUUCAGACAGAAAUGUAUGAAUUUGCAAAGCAGCACAUAAUGGAUGAUGAUGAGCUGGAAUUGAAGUAUAUAUCUUGUGUUUAAAGAAAAUACCCUUCAGGCAGAAAGGAUUUUUUAAAAAAUGUUCUGUUAAAAUUAGGGAACAGUGUAUCGGUGCCAUCAACUAAAUGCAGUUUAUAAACCGUAUGGCCUAGGACUUGGUUGAAACCUAUUGUAUACUAAGAUAAGUAAUAUUUACAAUGACCACUAUUGGAGUGUGCUCUAGUUAUAACUGAUAAUGGUGAGAAAGUAUAUCGUUCUAUAAAAUGAAAUUGUUACCUUGAGAUUUUUACUGUGUGAGACACAAAGGUAAGGACAUCUUAGAAACAAAGCCACCUAUCUGAUGACCUAAAAACCUGUACUAAAAGUAGAACACCAUUAGACACUAGAAAAUUUGAAAAGACACUCAGAAAAUGGAGGAUUAUUGUGAUGGAAUUCUGUGAUGUGUUCUUGCUAAAGGUCUGUCUAGGGUUAAGGUUAGGUAAGGUUUAGAGAUCUUGCUUGAUUAAUACAUUAUUUCAAAAGGUAUUUCUCAUCUAUUUUUAGAGUGUUUGUUUUCUCAGUGUUGCAAACAUUUGGGCACUUUUUAUGCUCCUUGGUUGACUUGUAAAAAACUGUUCUUACCCCAUAAAGCUUGAUGCCAGACUUAAGAAUAAAUUUCUUUU